AAUGGAGGGAAUCAAUGGGCCAGACUGGAGAUGAUUGAACCAGCCAUUCAAGAAUGGCACAGGAGAUUAAUGUUCAUGCAGGACACAUAUGAUGAAUUGUUCAAGUUUGAGAGUCAUCGUGAGAAGGGAACCUUGUACAACAUCAAACAGUACUCUGACCAUAAGGGAGUGUCGGGCAACAUCAUGGAGUGUUUUAAUAAAGCCACUGAGCUCCUCCACUUUGCCACCAAAGGAUUUACAGUUGUUGCAGCAAUGGACGUCCUGGGUGUUCACUCAGUUGAUGCGACCCCUGAAGCACUUCCAUGUACUGCAAGUGAACGACGAAAUUUCCUGCUGUCAUUGUCAGCUGACAUUGUCAACAUGGUUUAUGAGAAACCGAACACAAAGGAAAUACUUGAUAGUGAACCAGCACAAGAGGACUUUCAAUACUGCUCUUGCAAAAUGGACAUAGGAGAGAUGAUGCUAUUUUGUUCAUACACAAAGUGUAGAAAAGGGCAAUGGUUUCACAUUGACUGUAUUGGUAUGUCAUCAGAAGAUGUCCCUGAAGGCGACCAUCGCAAUCAACACCCUGACAGUACCUCCUGGCUUACGAAAGGAUUCCAUAAUCCUUGCUUUAGACUCUAA